AUGUCUACCUCCAAAUCCGCUGCCUCCUUGAUUCCCUCUGACCCGGCCAAGGUCAUGGUCAUCCGAGAUGUUACUCCCAAUAUCACUACGCUCAGUGUACCUUUCCUGCGGUUCGGACACAUCAAGCUUGGCGGUCGGGGGACCUUGGUCAAGCUCCAAACAGGCAACGUAGCUGUCUUUUCUCCCGUCGCGCUCACACCGGAUGUCAAGGCCAAAGUCACGUCCAUGGGUCCGAUCAAAUACAUUGUUGCCCCGGACAUCGAGCAUCACAUAUUCAUCUCCACAUGGGCCAAGGAAUACCCCGAAGCAGAAGUGAUUGGGAUGGAAGGGCUGCCAGAGAAGAGGGAGGGCGAUCCAGCUACAAAGGGCAUAAAAUUUGCACAUGUUUUCUCCGCAAAGAACAAGCUCGACAUGCACAUCACGCCCGAAUUCGACACCGAGUUCUCGUACGAAUACUUCCACUCCCACACCAACAAGGAGCUGGUCUUCCUCCACAAACCCAGCAGGACCAUGAUCGAGGCCGACUUGCUCUUCAACCUCCCUGCCACCGAGCAAUACUCUAAGGCUGGAGUGGCUCCCAAUUCCGGACUUUUGACCAAGCUCUUUGCGGGUAUUAUGAACACCAAAGGCGAGAUGACCUGGCAAAAGCGCUUUCUGUGGUACGCAGCUGCGGGCAAAGACAGGCAGGGUUUUGCGGAGUCGGCCAAGAGAAUCAAGUCGUGGGACUAUGACAGGAUCAUUCCUUGCCAUGGAGAUGUCAUCGAAACGGGUGGGAAGGUGAUUGUGGACAAGGCGACUUCGUGGUUUACCGAGGGCAAGCAUUGA